CUGGGCGACAAGGGAACCGAGGAAAAAAUACUCGGUUUAAUUUGGAAACCGAGUACCGAUCAGCUGAGCUUCAACCUAAAGCUCGCUCGACUUCCGGACAAUUUGCUGCAGAUAAAACCAACAAAGAGGGAAGCGUUGAAAAUAGUGAUGUCGCUGUAUGACCCUCUCGGCCUCGCCUCCCCAGUUACGAUACGCGCCAAGCAAAUACUGCAGGAAGCGUGGAGACGAGGAACAGACUGGGACCAGGAGUUGGACGAGGACCUGAGUAACCAUUGCUCCACAUGGAUCCAACACCUGGAACGUCUCAAAACAGUAAGCAUACCAAGAUGCUACCCGGGAUACAGCGACGCACGCUCCCUCCAAGUGCACGUAUUUUCAGAUGCCAGUGAAAGUGCCUACGCAACGGCAGUUUACUGGAGAGCAACGACACCCGAUGGGCAAGUGUACGUGAGCCUCGUCAUGGCCAAAGCGAAGGUAGCUCCGCUCAAGGUAACAUCCAUACCUCGCCUUGAGUUACAAGCCGCCGUGAUGGGAAGUCGCGUAGCUGCGGCUGUCAUCCAGGAGCAUCACGUAAAGCCCGAAGCUGUCACUUAUUGGACUGACAGCAAAACUGUCCUCACCUGGAUAAAGAAAGGUUCCAGGAGCUACAAACCCUUUGUAGCACAUCGAAUAGCAGCAAUAGAGGACAAUAGUAAAGUGGACGACUGGCGCUGGGUACCCACAAAAUUGAAUAUAGCUGACACCGCUACGAGGGACGUACCACCCAAUUUCGACUCUAACCACGAGUGGUACAGUGGCCCAUCAUUUCUAUACAAAGAACCGUCAGCAUGGCCAACAGAACGACCCACGUCAUCCGAACCUACUGGUGAAGAAAGAUCUCUCACCAUCACAGAAAGAUAUAGAGCUCCGCUAUAUAAAGAGGCCAUUCCCGAUCCGACGAAAUUUUCGAAAUGGGAACGCUUAGUGCGAGCUACGGCCAGAGUGCUUCAAUUCAUAACACCCUGCCGCAAAACAACCGACAGGACCUUUUAUAAAAGGACAAAAAGAAAUAGAGAGGAAGACCCCGACUGGAGGAGAUCGAAGUGCAAUCCGCGACGUCUCGCGCAGCCUCCCAGUCAGGUGAAAAGCAAAGAUGUAAACAAAUACAUCACACUGGAGGCCGAAUAUAUAAGAAAGGCCGAAAAGCUCCUGGUACAUGUCAUCCAGGAAGACUCCUUCACACAAGAGAUAGCCGAUCUCCGUAACGAUAAGAGGGUCGCCCAUGAUAGCCGCCUACGACCACUACAGAUACAAUUGAAAGACGGGAUCAUUGCGCUACGAAGUCGAAUAGCCGUUGUAAAAGGAGUCUCUGAAGAUAUGAAAGGGCCAGCUAUAUUGGAUGGUGAUCAUCACAUCACCCAAUUGUAUAUUGAUUGGACGCAUCGUAGCCUGCAUCAUUGCGGGACCGAACCAACCAUCAACGAGGUUCGACAGCAUUACUGGGUAAUCAGACUAAGACCCACUACUAAAAGAAUAGUAAGCCAAUGCGUUCAGUGCCGCAUAAGAAAGGCACAACCAUCCAUGCCAGCCACCGGUGAUCAUCCCAGCACGCGUCUCGCACAUCACCAGAGACCGUUCACGUUCACCGGCCUGGAUUAUUUUGGGCCACUCUCCGUAACAGUGGGACGUCAGCAUCAGAAGAGAUACGUGGCGCUCUUCACCUGCCUUACAUCACGAGCUGUACAUUUGGAAAUUGUGAAAGAUCUCAGCGCAGACUCUGCCAUACUGGCAUUAAGAAGAUUCGCAGCGCGCCGAGGAUGUCCCACCGAGAUUUACUCGGACAACGGCACCAAUAUGCACGGUGCCGACAAGGAGCUUCGAGAGGCCUUCCGAGAAGAAGCCAGCCGACGAGGCAUAGUCUGGCGAUUUAUAACCCCCUCCGCGCCUUUCAUGGGAGGGGUGUGGGAACGGCUUGUUCGAUGCGUGAAGACGGCACUAUACACCGUCCUUCAUGAGAGACAUCCGCACGAAGAUGUCUUGACCACGCUGCUCUGCGAGGUGGAAUAUACAGUAAACAGCAGACCAUUGACUCACAUCUCAGUAGACAGCAAAGACAACGAGUCCAUCACUCCAAAUCACUUCCUAUUGGGAGGAUCUGCGAGACUGCCAACACCUGGAGUUUUUAGUGAAAAAGAUGCGAACAGCAAAAAACACUGGCGACGCUCCCAGAUACUCGCUGACAUGUUCUGGCAGCGUUGGGUCAAAGAAUAUCUGCCGGAACUUCAAAACCGGCGGGAGGCCCACGGUCAAGGCCCCGAUCUCCAGGUGGGCGAUCCAGUCCUCAUAGCUGACAGCCAGUUACCUCGUAACACCUGGCCACGAGGAAGGAUUGAAAACAUAUACCCCGGGGCGGACGGACAGAUCCGCACUGUGGAGGUACGCACAGCGAAUGGACUAAUCAAGAGGCCAACCAGAAAACUCGUGCCGCUGCCGAAGUAG